AUGGAUCCUCAUCCGCUGACACGAGGCUGGAAGAGGCUCCUCCGCGUGUCAGCCGUGUGUCUGGUCCUCAUCUACCAAGCUCAUCUUUCCGGGGCUGUUGACAGAGUGAACAUCUCUAAAUGGGAUGAAGUGAAUAACAGCAGGAGCAGCAGGAUAAAGCAGCAGAAAUGGGACACCGCUUCCCAGGGAGGGCAGAACCUCCAGACAAAAGCUGCUGCGCUAGAAAACAACACCUCCUCCUCCAGUGGUGCAUCGUCCAACCAGACGUCCUCCAGCACAGAGAGGACGCCGACGCCCUCAUGGACGCUCGGCUCUGACCAGUCGUCUGCACCGAUUAGUUCAUCAAGAACAGGAUCAUCCAGCCAAUCACCAGGCAACACAGUACCAACCAGCCAAUCGCAAAGCAGAACACCAUCACCUGUUAAAUCACCAAUUAGCUCAACACCAUCCAGCCAAUCCCCAACAGAGAUAGAACAUAGCCAAUCAGCAGCUACCACAGUACCAACCAGCCAAUCACCAACAAGUACGGCAUCAGCCAGAAAAUCAUCAGCCAGCCAAUCACCACCAACCACAACACCAGCCAGCCAAUCACCACCAACCACAACACCAGCCAGCCAAUCACCAACAACCACAACACCAGCCAGCCAAUCACCACCAACCACAACACCAGCCAGCCAAUCACCAACAACCACAACACCAGCCAGCCAAUCACCACCAACCACAACACCAGCCAGCCAAUCACCACCAACUGUAAUAUCAGUGCUUCAGUCACCAGAUAACAAUGCACCACCCAUCACCUUAUCUGACCAUUCAGCAGUCAGCUCUGUGAAACCCAUCCAAACACCGCCGAGCCAAUCAACAACUGGCGCCAAAGCAUCAAAUCAAUCAUCUCCUGGCCGAUCAUUAACCUCUAUAGUGUCGGACAAUAAUUUCACAGCCAGCUCAGAAACUUCUCCCCAGCUGUCAUCGUACAGCUUAACGUCUCAUAACCAAUCAGGGCCCAAUGCAACACCUCCUGACCAAUCACUGACGGGCUCAGAUUCAUCAAACAACUCGGUGUCACCAGUCAAUGGAGCCUUCGCCCCAGACCAGCUCCCGGUUAAUGUUUCCCUCAUCACCAGGCAAGUGAAGGAGGCCCUGAGGUCGUCGAUUCGUCUGAGUCCAGCGGAGCAGUGUGAGUUUCCCUGUCUGAACGGAGGUCAGUGCGUCCAGUCGGAGUCAUGUGACUGCAGCUUGUAUCAGGCCACUGGCCACAGAUGUCAAACUGUCCCAAACCCCGGCUUCGAGAGGGAGAUGACCUGCAGGACCUGGGGUCAGUACAACUUCGAGACCUUCGACGGCCUUUACUUCUACUUCCCCGGCCGCUGCACCUACACGCUGCUGAGGGACUGCGAGGAAACCGCUCAGGCCGGCAUCGUGGUCCAGGUCCACAAUGAUCCAGACUGUGGCGCCGCCCCCUACGCCUGCCAACGAUCAGUCAGCCUCUUCCUGCCGGGGGAGGGCGAGGUCCGGCUGCACAGCACCAACGUGACCUUCAAAGGUCAAAGUGUGCAGCUGCCCCAUCACAUCCACGACCUGCAGCUGGAGCAGAUCUCCCAGUACGUGCUGGUGACACGGCGGCACGGCUUCACGUUGGCCUGGGACGGACGCAGCGGCUCCGUCUACAUCAAGCUCAGCCCGGAGUUCGUGGGCAGAACCUGCGGAAUGUGUGGAAACUUCAACGCAGACGUCCAGGACGACCUGAAGACGAGCUACGGCGUCCUGACUCAUGAAGUAGAACUGUUCGGGAACAGCUGGGUGGAGGCGGAGCCACAUCAGGCCCGAUGUCCCUCGGUGCCGUCUGGCUUCUCCUCACCCUGUGUCGGAGUCGACGCUCACGUCCUGCUGAAAGUGGAGGAGGUUUGUGCGAUGCUGCUGGAUCCUCCGUUUCAGAGCUGCCACGACUUUGUCAGUCCACUGUCGUUCAUGGCCGGCUGCUCCAACGACCUCUGCCUGUCGGGCCCCAGCGGGGACGUGGUGUGCCAGGUGUUCAGCGAGUACGCCCGGGCCUGUGCCCACGCCGACCACCCACUGCACGACUGGAGGCAGCAGAUUCCUCACUGUGCGAGGCAGUGUCCUCUCGGUCUGCAGUACAGGGAAUGCAUCAGCUGCUGCCCGGAGUCCUGCAGCCUGGAGCGGACGUGCAUCGACAGCAAACUGGCCUGUUUGGACGGAUGCUACUGUCCCGAUGGUCUGAUCUACGAGGACGGAGGUUGUGUGACGCCCACCGACUGUCCCUGCGAGUACCACGGCAUGUUCUACCCGUCCGGACAGACGCUGCAGGAGGAAUGCAACAACUGCACGUGCACGGGUGGAGUGUGGAACUGCACCGACUACAGCUGCCCAGGCGAGUGCUCGGUUACUGGUGAUAUGUUUUUUCAGUCGUUUGACGGACGGAUCUUCACUUUUCCCGCGACGUGUCAGUACGUCCUCGCCAAGAGCCGAAACUCCGGAAAGUUCACGGUCACGAUCCAGAACGCCCCCUGUGGAGCCAACUUGGACGGGGCCUGCAUCCAGUCGGUGAACCUGGUUAUCGACGAGGAUCCGAGGACGGAGAUAACGCUGAGUCAUGUCGGGGAGGUCUUCAUGGCUUCACAGUACCGCAUCUCCCUGCCGUACUCUGAUGACGUCUUCCAGAUCCAGGAGCUGUCGUCCAUGUUCCUCCAGGUGAAGACAUCAUUCGGGCUGCGUCUGCAGUACAGCUGGAAGGAGUUCCGUCUCUACCUGCAGGCCGACGAGCGCUGGAAGGACGACACGGUGGGGCUGUGCGGCACCUUCAACGGAAACAUCCAGGACGACUUCCUAUCUCCGUCAGGGAUGAUAGAAAGCACUCCACAGCUGUUUGGAAACGCCUGGAGAGUCUCGUCGGCGUGUUCUCACAGUCUGACCACGCCUCCGCUCGACCCCUGUGACACACACCAGCAGGCCGUGACCUACGCCUCUGGGAUGUGUGACAUCCUGAACCAGGAUCUGUUCUCCUCCUGCCACGAGUACCUGAGUCCCACAGCGUUCCAUCAGCAGUGUCGCUCAGACACAUGUAAGUGUGGGACGCCCUGUCUCUGCUCCGCCCUCGCCCACUACGCUCGACACUGCCGACGGUUCUCCGUCAUCAUCGACUUCAGAUCACACGUUACCGACUGUGACGUCCCCUGUCCCUCCACCAUGCAGUAUGGAACCUGUGUGUCUUCCUGCCAGCGCCGCUGCUCCUCCCUGUCCGUCCCUCAGCGCUGUGGAGACGAGUGUGAGGAGGGCUGCGUCUGUCCCGAGGGAUCCUUCUACAACCACCGCACACUCACCUGUGUGCACAGGAGCGAGUGUCCCUGCAGUUUCCUCGGAGCAGAUUACGAGCCGGGUGAUGUGAUCAUGACGUCUGCAGGUGUUCAGCUCUGUCUAAACGGUAAACUGGUGUCUCAAACAGAAGACAGUGACGGGUUGUGUCCGGCUGGUCAACUCCACCUGAACUGCUCGGAGGGGGGGGACGGCCUUCUGCCGGGAAGGGGCGUGGCCUGUGAGCGCACCUGUGAGUCCUACCUGCUGAACCUCACCUGCUCUGCACACGAGCCCUGCGUGGCCGGAUGCUCCUGCCCCCCCGGCUUCCUGAAACAUGGAGACGAGUGUUUCGAACCUGCAGCCUGCCCCUGUCUGUGGAAGGGAAAGGAGUAUUACCCCGGCGACAGAGUCUCCUCCCCCUGCCAUCAGUGUGUUUGCCAGCAUGGGACGUUCCAGUGUGUGUUUCGUCCGUGUCCGUCCAUGUGCACGGCUUACGGAGAUCGCCACUACAGGACGUUCGAUGGCCUGCUGUAUGACUACGUUGGUGCAUGCAAAGUCUAUCUCGUAAAGAGCAGCGCCGAUGCGAUGCUCAGCGUCACGGCCGAGAACAUCGACUGUUUCGACAGCGGCGUCAUCUGCAGGAAGUCGCUGCUCGUCAGCAUCGGACGAUCCUUCGUGGCGUUCGACGACGACACUGGGAAGCCGAAUCCAUCCAGUGUGAUCGACAGGAAGCAGAGGAUGCUCAUCUGGCCGGCGGGAUACUUCACGGUGAUUCACUUCCCCGAGGAGGACGUCACCAUCCUCUGGGACCGAAAGACAACCGUCCACAUCCAGGUCGGACCUCGCUGGCAGGGAAAGCUCAGCGGACUGUGUGGAAACUUUGACCUGAAGACGGUGAACGAGAUGCGGACGCCCGACAACAUCGACUCUCCUACGCCACAGGAGUUUGGGAACAGCUGGACGGCAGCGGAGUGUGUGAACAGUCCCGACAUCAGACACCCCUGCAGCCUCAGUCCUCUCAGAGAACCCUUUGCCAAGCGGCGAUGUGCCGUCCUGCUCGGCGAGGUCUUCCAGGCCUGCCACCCAGUGGUGGACGUUACCUGGUUCUAUAUGAACUGUCUGGCGGACACGUGCUCCUGCAGCCGAGGAGGUGACUGUGAGUGUUUCUGCAGCAGCGUGGCAGCGUACGCACAACGCUGCUGCCACCAGGGGGUGCCGGUCGACUGGCGCUCCCCGUCACUGUGCCCUUACGAUUGUGAAUUCUUCAACAAAGUUUUGGGUAAAGGUCCCUUCAGGCUCGUCCCCUUCAGGGAUCGGGCGAUGCUGUUGGCAGCCAGCAGGUCCGGCGGCUCCGUGUUCCUGCAGUCGGGGAACCUCAGCACCACCAGCAGCACCAGCACCACCAGCACCACCAGCAGCCUAUCACAGUUCAUGAUGACACCGGGCCUCAGCAGAGCCCGACCCCACGACACAUCACGGGUUUCCUUUGAGGCGGCCCACAGACCCAACUACUUCCUGUAUGCGAGCCCCAGCGGCCAGGUGAGGCUGGCCAAGUGGGAGGAGAGCGAGGCAUUCUGGGACUGGGCCACCUUUGUUCUCCACAGGAACACCUGGGUCCCCGGCUACGACUCGCUGGAGUCCCACGCCAAACCCGGCUUCUUCCUGCACACCAUGCUGCUUCGCGUCCACCUGCUGAAAUACAGACACGCCGACACUUACCGCAAGGCCACGCUCUUCAGACUGACAGGCCCAAACCCAGAAUCUCCACCUCGUCCUCAGUGUCAGUGGAGGUACGACUCCUGCGUCAUCCCCUGCUUCAGGACCUGCAGCGACCCGGAGGCCGAAGCCUGCGUCACCAUCCCACAAGUGGAGGGGUGCCUUCCUGUCUGCCCCCCCCACAUGGUUCUGGACGAGGUCACCCGUCGUUGUGUUUAUGUGGAAGACUGUAUUAAAGCCCCUGUUGUUGUGCAGCCCGUAACACCACCCGCUGCUCAGCUGACCUCUGCUGCCUCCACCUUCACCGUGAAGACCACUGUCCCCACUGAGUCCUCCGCUCCUCCACAUGAAUCUCCAACCACUAAAGUCACCACAGUUUCUCCUGCUGUCGACACACAGACCCUUUCCACUAUGGCCCCACCCGCCCCUGAUGAGCCAACCCGACCAGUCACCGCUACUCCUGAACCAUCCAGAACAGCAGGACCUCUGGCUUCCCCAACAGCACCCCCUGCUGUCAGGCCAGGGGUUGUGACGUUGACUGUCAGAGAGACCGAGGCCCCUCCCACCACUGUGACAGGUAUAACAACAUGGGCGCACGAGGCACUGAGCUCCACCGUCAAGCCCUCCAGUCUCAGCACGUCCAGGACAAGCAUCGCUCCGUUUGCCAUCACCGCUCUGUUCUGGAUCACUUCCUCCACCAAAGCCACGGACUCCCCUGAGCCACUGGUCACCACCACUGCCGCGACUCUGCAGCCGACUGCACCCGCAGCGCCAACCACGACCUCCAUCGUGGGGCAAACCAGCACCACCACUAGCAGCCGCCCUUUCUCUGUUGUCACACACUCAACCAAAGAGACCACAGAGGCUACAACACAUUCAGCAGCUGUUACUCCGACUGUAACAGCUUCCAGUCCCGCUCCGAUCUCAGAGACAUCUGCAGUCACAGGCAGAACCAUGGCUCCCAGUGUGGCCACCACAGCGUCCACAUACGCCCCCACAAAGAUGGUAACAGAGGAGAGACUUCCUCCAACAACAACCACACCGAUCCCGCCUGGGUCACCAAGCGCAGCAUUCACAACCACAUCACCACUCUCGACGUCUCCUCCUGUCGAAACAGAAACUGUGUCUUUGCCCACGGCAACUUCAGCAGAGACCACAGAAUCGGGAAAGCCAGUGGCACCGUUUACUACCAGUCAAACAACACAACAUCUAACACCAGGAACGACAACACAGAGUCUUACCACAACUAAGAUUGAGUCUACCCCCCCUCCAGAUCUUACAACCUCUCCCACAUCAACCCCUGAGUCGCCAACAACAACCCAACUCCAUGUAGCAGUGACUAAAACUGCAACAUCUUCUCCGACCUCAGCUGCUGCAGCCUGGAGGACGACGACAGCGAAAGUUGACGUACCUGAGGCUACAGUUUCUGAAAAACCUGCAGCUAGAACACCUGCACCUCCAUCUCCAGAGGUUACAGACAUGACAGCUUCUCCUGCGUCCCCCUCCACAGUCUACACUGAGAGAACCUCCUGGUCCGCUGCUGUCCCGACCACAGAGAGACCCACUCACAUCACUUUUCCAAGAUCGUCAGAGGCUCCAGAAACAUCCACCAUGUCCACGGUUCCUCAUAUCACAACAAAACCAACUGCAAUGCUAGUGUCUCAUACCGAAACCACGACUGCACCAACGACAGAGAGCUUUGUUCAUCCUGGAACUAGCCUGCGGACCUCCGAGCAAUGGCAUCCCACCCAUCAGGAGACCUCCUCCACCUCAGUCCUCAGCCCGACAGUGACAAUUACACCAGAGUUCACUUCUGAACCUGUUGUCUAUGUGGUCACUUCCACCAAAACUACAGAACUACCUUAUCCUGCUGUAACGCCAACAAAGCCGGUGGUCACUAUUGCUACGUCAGCGGCUGUCACAACCUCCGCUGCCCAAACUACAACCUCAACUGAAGAAAUAGCCACUACCACAACCAGGAUACUGUUUACACCUCCAUCACCUGCACCUGGUGCACCUGCGACGCCCCUCGCAACAGCUCCUACAACAGCGCCACCAGGUGAUGUCACCACCGAGCCGAGACCUGUUGUCUUCCAGCCAUUAACAGAAUCGACGCAUCCAGUGACGGGAAGAGUGGAGGUGUCAACAACAGCAGCAACCAGGCUGCCUCCAUCUUGGUCACCGCUGCAGACAACUACGUCGGCAGCUCCACGGACGACAACAUUUUCAGACAAAGUCACCACCCGUUUGGUGUCCACCGCAAGGGCUACACCCGCUACAACUGCUUCGAUCAUAUCACGGACGACGACCCCCAGGACAACACCAAGAGUCCCUGUGACAGCAAGAGUCACCCCAAGGAUCACAGUGACCGAGCGGUCAACAGUCAGGCCACACACUGCAAGGGUUACCAUAGCAACAAGGCCCCCAACAGUGACCGUCAGAUCGACCACUCUCGGGCCGCCGACUGUCGCACCAAGCCCCGGCACAACAACCACGUCAGCAGUGCCGUCUGCAAGCGUUGCAACAUCGACCGAGUCUCUCACCACAGUGAGCAUGACAAAGCUUGACAACACGACCGCAGCAGUUACCGGCCCGACCACCAUCAUCCCCCGACCGCCGGCUCCUACUCUAACAACGGUCACAGAAUAUACUGCCGUCUCCACGAUGACCAGCAGCGAGCCAAUCACAUCUGAGAAAACUCAGAUGACCAAAGAGACUGAAGCGUCACCACCCACAUCCCAACCAGGGCUUCCGCCAACUGACGAGCUCGUCUCCACCCAGGAGCCGGGGAUAACCUCUCCUGCUGCGACGACACUCCUAACAGCCACCAGGGUCCAAACUACUGAGUCGGACAAAGUGGGUCAGACCAGUCCAGGGUCAACAGCAUCUCCUGCACCUGCAACGACCAGACACACGGCGGAGGGCUCAACGGCUGAGGCUGUUGCACCAAUGAGGAUGUGCAGCCCUCCGUACGCAGAGAUCGUUGACGAAUGCACAAAGUACAUCUGCGUGAACAACCAGCUCGUCCUGUUCAACAAAUCUCAGAGCUGUCCCUUUACCUCCGAACCCCCGAACUGUGGCCUGCUCGGCUUCGCCAUCAUGGUCAAUGGAGACAAGUGCUGCCCUCAGUGGGACUGUCCAUGUCGCUGCUCGAUGUUUCCGGACUUGAAUGUGAUCACGUUUGAUGGGAACAGUGUUGCCAUCUACAAGGCUGCCUCAUACGUUGUGACCCAGCUGCCCAACGAGACCGUCAGCGUCCUGGUUCAGGAGUGUCCGGCGGACUCUGAGUCGCUGCUCCUCUGGAAUUUCACCAACCUCUGUCUGGUGGCGUUAAACAUCACACAUAAGUCCAACCACAUCGUCAUCAACCGGCUGCAGAGGAGGCUUUACGUCAAUUCCCGAUACGCCAAACCCCGUUUCAAGAAGUAUGGCUUCGAGAUCUACGACACAGGAAACAUGUACCUGAUCCGCAGCCCGGCCGGUCUGAAGCUGCAGUGGUAUCACAGCACCGGGAUGAUGGUGAUCGACAGCUCCAGCAACAAGCUUCCUACCAUGGGCCUCUGUGGUUUCUGUGACGGAGACCCAACCAACGACCUGACUUUGGCCAACGGCACCACGUUGGGCGUGAGCGAGGAUCCGGCUCUUUUCAUCGACAGCUGGCAGGUUCCCAACACAACCAGCUACAUCAGCCACAGCCGCCGCCGCGAGCUCAACUGCUCGACCAGCGACUGCUCCGUAUGCAUGGACAUGCUGCAGAACCACCACUUCUCCUCUUGCCACGCCUUCGUCCCGCCCAGCACUUUUUGUGAGGUCUGGGUCCGAGAUGCAGAGUACGUCAACAACCAGUGUGUGGCGCUGGCUGCAUAUGUGGCCUUGUGUCACAAAUUUAACAUCUGCAUCGAGUGGAGGAGUCCGGAUCGCUGUCCCUUUGCGUGUCCCGACACUCUGCGGUAUCAGGCCUGUCUGCCGGCGUGCACGUCUCAGUCCUGCCCCAACCACGACUUCGACUCCGACCCCGACCAGUGUUCAGGCCUGACCGAGGGCUGCGUGUGUCCUGAGGGGACGCUGCUCCACCGGCCCUACUCCGCCCUCUGCAUCUCACCUGAGAAAUGCGCCUGCACCGACAGCUCCGGCGCUCCCCAUGCUCACGGCGAGGUGUGGAAGGCCUCGAAGGACGCCUGCUGCAUGUACCGCUGCGACAACGACUCCAUCGUCCCCUUGGAGUACGACUGCUCCGACGUGGCUGUGCCCGUGUGCCGCAGAGCAGGGGAGGUGAUCAUCAGCCUGGCUCACGACACCAGCUGCUGCCCACAGAGAGUCUGCGUUUGUAACCAGAGCCUGUGUGACCUGGUCCCUCCUGAGUGUAAGUACGGGGAGAAGCUGGUUUCGUACUACAGGCAGGACUCCUGCUGUCCGCACUACGUCUGUGAGUGUGACCCUGAUCUCUGUGAGUCGGAGGUUCCCACCUGCAGAGAGGACCAGACUCUGAUCGCCACCAGAGCCGACGGCAGCUGCUGUCUGGCCCACAUCUGCAUGUGUUCCUCCUCCUGUCCGGAGACUCCUCCUCUCUGUUGGGACGGGGAGGUGCUGACGGUCGACGGGAACGUCACCGACCGCUGCUGCCCCGCCUACCAGUGUGUGUGUGAGCCCUACAGGUGUCUUCAGCUCAGUUGUGCUGUUGGGAUGUCAGUGUUGUCGACGUCCGGUCCGAGUCGCUGCUGCCCAAACCAAACAUGUGAAUGUUCCUGUGAGAAAAUCGCUUCCCCAAAAUGUGGCCUGGGAGAGGCCGCUCAGCUGGACCGGGCCUUCCUGUCCGACCCACAGAACCAGUGCUCCUGCAAAAGAUACAAGUGUGUGCGCGAGGCGGUGUGUGUGUUCGGCGAGCGGGGGGUGCUGCGGCCAGGCCAGACUCUGGUGGAGCACGGGGACGACGGCCUGUGUCACAGCCGGCAGUGCAGCCGCAGCCUCGACCCGGCGAGCGGCUUCCACCUGCUCCGCACCUCCAGCAUCAACUGCUCCACCCACUGCCAGCCGAAUCAGAUCUACGUCCCUCCCAAAGACCAGUCGACAUGUUGUGGUGCUUGUAAGAACAUUUCUUGCCUCUAUGAACAUGAGAACGGGACGGUGGCGCUCUAUAAGCCGGGGAAAUCCUGGGUGUGGAACUGUGUGAAGUUCGACUGCAGAGACACUUUGUCCGGACCCACACUCAUCUCCUACUCCUUCAGCUGCCCCCCCUUCAAUGAGACCGAGUGUAUGAAGAUCGGUGGAACAGUCGUAAGUUACAUGGACGGAUGCUGCAGAACAUGCAAAGAAGAUGGAAAGUCGUGUCAGCGGGUGACGGUGAGGAUGACGAUCAGGAAGAACGACUGUCGCAGUAACAGGCCGGUGAACAUCGUGUCAUGUGACGGGAAGUGUCCGUCCGCCAGCAUCUACAACUACAACAUCAACACGUACGCUCGCUUCUGCAAGUGCUGCCGGGAGACGGGGCUGCAGCGGCGCUCGGUGCAGCUCUACUGCAGUGGCAACGCAACCUGGGUCAGCUACAGCAUCCAGGAGCCCACCGACUGCUCCUGCCAGUGGUCCUGAACACACACACAGAGUACGAUGAUCUGGUGCCUCUGCUGGCAGGGAGGUCAAACUGCAGCUUCAUCUGAAGCAGUCGACACGUGACGACUUUAUUUGUCAUUUAUAUUUAUAGAUGGUAUUUUAGCCGAGAAAAGUUUUGUUGGUGCAAGAUACAAAUUUUACAACAAUUAAAUGUACAAACUGCACUUAAAGCUGUUUAUGUGUCAUUUUACCAUCAUCUGUUGUUAAAGAUGGACGACAUGGCUGCUCCUCAAAAGUGAAGCAAAAUCAUCUUGCUGGCUGGCUGCAGUAUAAUUCAUAAAUCUUGCCUCCUCCAUGUUAGUAGUUGGGAUCAGAGAUAUUUUGGCUUCAUUUUUGAACGACAGGAGGAAGUUGAGACGUCGUCCAUCUUUAUUUUACAGUCCAUGGUUCAAAGUUACUGUUCAAUCUGCUCUAGCGCCACCUCCCUGUCAGCCUGCACACUCUCCACAUCUCCUCCCAUUGUGCCUGGUUUUUAUAAAUAACUAAGUUUUCUAAUGUAUGAAAAUGUUUUGCAACAUCAAACACUUUGAGAUUUCCCUCUUAUGUGUAUAUUUACUGAUUACACACAUCUUUUAGAUAAUCAGAGGGAGUCAGGUGAAUGAACUGAUUUGAAUCCAGCAGUAGGUGGAGCACUUUGUUAUUUAUUUAUUGGAGUUCGAUAGAGCAAAGCUGUUUUUAUUUCGUGGAAACAUUUGAACAAACACUGGAUAAUUUAAAGUUAAAGAUGAUUUGUAUUAUACAAAUGUACAUUUGCAUUUUCAAUAAAUAUUUCCUUCUGAAAAACU